AUGUCCUCAUUACAAGCGCGAACCACGGUGAGAACUAUAUCAUUUAUAGGAUUGGGUAAGGCGGCUAGUAAGACUGUUAAACUGCCUGCCUAUAUAGGGGGGGGUCUUGCGGCCGCAGGAUCUUACGUUAUGUAUAAGUUUGAGCAGGUUCAGACUUUCACUUCUGAUAAACUUGAUAAGAUGAAGGGAUUUGCUGGUAAUAUUAGGGAUGGUAUAGGAUCGAUCUUUGGUAGAGGUGGAAGAGAGAAUGGGAAAGAUAAUGGUGGUAGUGGUGACGGUGAUGAUGCUGCUACUGCUGGAGUUGCAGCUGCUGCUGUUGGAGUUGGUUUUGACGGUGAUGAUGAAGGAAAUUUAAAUGAGAACGGCGAAAUUAGUGAUGAUGAUGAAGACGAGGAUGCUGAAAGAGAGCAGGAACAGCAUCUCGAUGAUGCUAUGGUCAAUCUUACUAAACAGAUGAUCGAGAUACGAAGCUUGCUUAUGAGUAUAGAUGGUGCUACCGCACUUACACUUCCUGCAAUUGUUGUUAUUGGCUCUCAAAGUUCUGGAAAAUCUUCGGUUCUCGAGUCCAUCGUGGGUCAGGAAUUUCUUCCUAAAGGUUCCAAUAUGGUAACGCGCCGUCCCAUUGAACUUACGCUUGUUAAUGAUCCUUCACAGGCUGCAGAGGUUGCUGAAUUCCCUGCUUUGAAGUUGUACAACAUGACGGAUUUCCAGCAAGUGCAAAAGAUUCUUAGAGAUUUGAACCUGGCUGUUCCAGAUGAGGAAACUGUUUCCGGAGAUCCUAUUCAACUCACCAUUAGGUCUCCAAAAGUUCCUGAUUUGUCGCUUGUUGAUCUUCCUGGUUAUAUUCAGGUAGAAGCCGCGGAUCAGCCUGCAAGCUUAAAAGAGAAGAUCCGCGAAGUUUGUGGCCGUUAUCUUGAUGAGCCUAAUAUCAUUCUAGCAAUAAGUUCUGCUGAUGUUGAUCUUGCCAACUCUUCUGCCUUAAGGGCAGCCAAAAGAUCCGAUCCCAAGGGUGAAAGAACUAUUGGUGUCAUAACUAAGUUAGAUUUGGUGAGUCCUGAAGAUGGAAGAGCUCUUUUGACCAAUCGUAAGUAUCCACUAAAGAUGGGAUACGUUGGUGUUAUCACCAGGGCUCCUAAUUCGGGUUCUAUCUUCAGAAGAAAGACGGGCUCGCAGGCCUAUUUGGCUCAACAGAGCUUUGAAAAAUCCUACUUCAAGGAUAACAAGGAAGAGUUUUUAGGAACUAGUAUAGGCACUAAGGUGUUGAAGAGAAGAUUGAUGAAAGUCUUAGAGUCUUCUAUGGCCAGGGCUUUGAAGCCCAUGCAUGAUAAAGUUGCCAAUGAAUUGGAGGAGGCCAGUUAUCAGUUUAAAGUGGAAUUCAACGACCGUGAUUUGACCAGUGAAAAGUACAUGGCUCAGACUAUUGAUAAUUUGAAGCUGGUGGUGAAGGAAUUUAGCGAGAGAUUUGGACGUCCGGAGCUGAAGUCUUUACUUCGUUCUGAAUUGGAUCAGAGAGUUCUUGAUCUUUUGGCCCAGCGAUAUUGGAAUAAGCCGCCUGUGACGGCAAAAAAACAGCAGCAAGAGCAGCAAUCGGAAUUCAAUGAGCCUUCUCUUGAAGAGCUGGCCAAUCUCUCUGUGGAUGACAGCUAUUGGCGCCGGAAAUUAGAACUUUCCACUGCAAGUCUCACUAAAUUGGGGGUAGGAAGGUUGUCUACCAGUCUCGUCAGUGAUGCUUUGUUGGCUGAAAUUGGAGUUAUGCUUGAUAAUUCAGAGCUUCGCACACAUCCAGGUAUGAAAGAUGCAAUUAGGGAUGCCGCUGCGGCCGUUUUAGUUAAAAGAUACAACUCUACCUCUGAUCAGGUGGAGAACUGUAUCAAACCUUAUAAGUAUGAAAUUGAUGUGGAGCCACGGGAAUGGACCAUGAGCCGUCAACAUGCUGUGGGACUUCUACGAGAGGAGUUGAAGCAGUGUAACGAUGCAUAUCGAGAUUUAAAGAGAACGGUUGGUGGCAACAAAUUGAAGCAGAUUAUGACGUUUCUUGAGAAUGAAGAUAACAGUGUUGGAGAGUCUAUUGCUAAGGAAAAUAUUGGUUUCAGUCCUGGAUUGAUGCUGCGUGGUAAAGAAGCCUUGUUUCUUCGAGACAGGUCUAUUUUGCUUUCGAUGAGGUUGAAGUUUUUAAGAAGUUCUGCUUGCAAGAACAAAGACAAUAAAUACAGGUGUCCGGAGGCAUUUAUGGAUGUUGUUGCUGAUAAGUUGACUCAGACAGCCGUUUUAUUCUUGAAUGUGGAGCUUCUCAGUGAUUUCUAUUACAGCUUUCCAAGAGAGUUGGAGAGUAAGCUAAGUUCUGGUUUAACCAAAGAGCAAAUUGAUGCAUACGCCAAAGAGGAUCCAAAGGUGAAACGCCAUAUCGAACUUCAAGAGAAAAAGGAGUUGUUGGAGCUUGCACUAGGCAAGAUCGAGGACGUGAUGGCCCUUCGCAAGCAGAUAUCGUGA